AUGCCGUCAAGGCAGGGUGAAAUUCAAUACCCUGAGGGUGUGGAUAACUACCUUCUGUACCCACGGCACUGUACUCGCGGUGGAUCCACGACUCAGUCGCCACCAGCCACAUUUGCUGGAAUGGGAGCUGCUUUAGCAGUCCGCGACGCCACCUCGAGAUGCUGGACACGGCGGGCGGUUUCGUGGAAGCUGAGGGGAUUGGCGCUGUGA